GGUGGACACAGGUGAUUUUUUCUCGAUUUUCUACCAAAAAUGAAUAUGCAAGUUAAUCUUAAAGCAUAACUGGAUUUCAGUUAAACAACACUACUGACAUAAUCGUAUAUGAGCAUUGUACACAGUGUUAAAUACACCUGGAAUGCAUCGAACAGUUAGCUUACUUGAUCGAAAAUCUGAAGUGAAACAUGACUCAGCCUCAAGUAGGGUUAUUUAUACAGAACAAAAGAACGGAAUGCUUAUUCCCGAUACGCCAGUCACCAGUCAUAGUCCACAGAGUAUUGUACUGCUAAAAACGCAUUCAGUGAAAUCGAAUAUCAAUGAAUUCGAUCACCAUGGCAACGAUAAACAUAUAAACCGCCACGAAAAUGAUUAUCCAUUAGCCCAGUCAUCACCAAACUCAUUUACAAGUGUUCCUCAAUGUGCUGGAUGUAAACAGUUGGUUAUGGAUCGAACUAUCCUACGAGUUCUUAAUCAAAGUUGGCAUGUGAAUUGUUUGAAAUGUAUGGAUUGUGGUACAUCCUUAUCUGAAAAGUGUUUUGUACGCACUGAUGAGUUAUACUGCAAGGAAGACUUUUUUCGACGAUUUGGAACAAAAUGCGCUGGUUGUGAUAAAGGUAUUCCACCCAUGGAAGUUGUUCGUACAGCUCAAGAAAAUGUUUACCAUCUAGAUUGUUUCUCGUGUGUGAGUUGUGCUCGCAUGCUGAAUACAGGUGAUGAAUUCUACCUACUACACGACAGAAAGUUAAUGUGCAAAUCUGAUUUCGAAACUGCCAAAGCACGAGAAGCUGAAUUGGAUAAUGCUAAUAAGCGUCCACGAACAACUAUAUCAGCUAAACAACUAGAAGCUCUUAAACGAGUAUAUAGUGAAAGCCCUAAACCUGUACGUCAUGUUAGAGAACAGUUAAGUGAAGAAACUGGCUUAGAUAUGCGUGUUGUACAAGUAUGGUUCCAAAAUCGUAGAGCAAAAGAGAAAAGAUUAAAAAAGGAUGCUGGACGGGGUUUAUGGUCUAUAUCUGAUUCACUGUUAAUCAGCAGUUUGACUGUUAAUGUCAGCACCUCAAAUACACCAAUCUGCAAUAAUGGAUCAUAUUUGUAUUCAACAGGUUCAAAUGACCAAGAUAAACAUUCUAUUCCAUAUUGUGGAGAUACAUCAGUUACCCUAGAUGAUUCAACCAGUGGGGAUGAAUAUUUAUCUAAAGAUGAAUUCCAGCGUUCUGGUCUAAGUGAUACAGAUAGUGACUGUUCAGAAAAUGCUGAACAUGCAAAUCAGUCAUUAGACCCAACCAUGGUGGAUGAUUUCUUACAUCAUAAACAUCAUCUAGCAGAUAAAACAACUAAUGAAAGUCUACAUAUGAGUCGGAAUGAAUUUUUAUACUGUGAUCAUAUAUCACCUAAAUCUGCAAGUUUUCAGGCUUCAUUUGAAUCUAAACUAUAUUUAAAUGAGUCAGUUGGUGAGACCAUUUCAAGAAAAGCUGAAUAUGCUAACGAAACAAAAACCCAUGAUUUCAGUGAUACAUGGUUAUCAACUUCUCAUCAUUUCCAUCAUCAAUCAUUUCCAAUAAAUAAUCAACAAUUCAAAGCCAAUAAUGAUAGUAAUAUGAUAACAACAAACACAGACAACAACAUCAUCAGUCUCUCUCCUUCGGAGAACAAACGAGAUGAUAUCUUGUCUUUUACAUCGAAUCAACUAAUUUCAAAUUAUUUGCACUUAAAUAAAAAGCUUAUAUUCGAUGAUGAAAUGACCACUGGAGAAACUUAUUUACAGCCUGUUGACUUACUACCUUACACAUUAAACACCAGCAAUCUAACACAAUAUGGUAUUCCUCAGUCGAGUUCAUCUUGAGUGUAAUUAUGAAUAUGCUGACAAUAUAUUAAAGCUGACAUUUAAUUGAAUGUGGUAUACAUUAUAUUUGAGAGGAACCUAAAUUUCACCUCCAGCAGAUUUGGUUGAUCAUUUAUAUAACUGUGGUCAUUUUGAAGGUUUGAAAAAAAGUGAUAGAUUGCAGGAGAAAAAGUUUCUUAUGAUAUUUAUCGACAUGUGCAAUUUAAGCGAGUAAAUUGGUCGUUAUAAUAUGCGCCGUUUUACCAUCUUCUUUUAUUACAUUUCCAGCUAUUAACUGGAGUUAUUUCUUCUCUUUUUCAUUCCGUUCCUAUAAACAAAUAUUAUAAAACAUCUUUUGUUGUUUGAUGAUUUUAGCUUCAAUGAAAAAAAACUGCCAUCACCUCUUCUGUAUUGUACUUACAUAGAGGUCUUCUCUUUGUUUUCUUUUUGUAAUACUGUAAUAUUUAACUUAGAUUAAAAAUGUAGAUUCAUU